CUUUGUGAACCACUUGAUAAAGACAAUGGUGAUGAUGUAGCUACAUUUGCAACUGACUUAUCUGGGAACUUUGCUGGUGUUGUUCAGUACAACAAAGAUAACAGAGCAUUUGAGGUAGGUAUUAUGAAAUUUACAAAGACAGCAACUCUAAUGCACCGAUCAAUUCGAAACUUCAGCAUCCCCCAGGCAGGCGGGCGGGAAAACCCCAAGGCAUUUGACCAUCAAUUGUAGACUACGAGUAGUCCCUCAUUUCCCCUCAGGGGCAGUAGAGCGAGCGAAACGCGAGCGCGCGUGAAAAUCAACCCUCACGAGAAAGGCGAGACGCAAGUGCCAAGUUUAACUUCAUUUUACGAUCCGGUGUCUGACAACGUAGAUGCAGUCUUUUACAGUUAGAUGGAGGAGUUAAAAGGUCAAGUUAUCUUUUGUAAACGAAUGGCUUGUUCGAUAAGGACUUCGAAAGCUAGUAUGUGUGCGUUUUCUGUUAUCAUGCCCCUAUUUAAUAAAACGUGUAUUAAUAUCACCGGAAGAUAUAAGCCCAAAUUACUUUUUUACGUCCGAAACAUUCACUAUACACUGAUUAUAGAUUAAUCCACACACCACAAUAAAUGUAAAGUUUGUUUUUCGAAUUCACAAUCUGCAAAAUAUUUCAUCUUUGGGAGGGGCAUUUGACCAAUUCAGUGGGCUAAUGUAAUGGUAAUUUGACCAGGCCUCACUUAAAAAGUUCAAAUGACCUGGGCGUUGCGCGUGGAGAUGUUGAAGUUUCGAAUGUGAUCGGCGCAUUACUUUGAAAAAUUUGUCUACUCACUAAGAGUCUGUUGAUCAGACGACGUUUAAAAUGGACCCACCCGAUUAAGACACUGCAAGCACUCUCUUAUUUUUUAUUAUUGUUUUUUCAAAGUUAGUAGAGUGACACACUUACCUGUUUACGAAGAACAUUGUUUUAAGUUGUCCAAAUGAUAAAGACCUAAGAACGUGGUUUUGUUGAACCGCCGGUUUAAUAAGCUGCCCUAAGGGUUAAAAAAGAUCUGAUGAGCAUUAAUCUAAAGCCACUCUUUUGCGUCAAAUAUAAUUUGAGUGCGUGAGCAAUUUCCUGUAAGAUGUAACACUACCCAGUACCUUCACUUCGCCGCUAAAUAUUUUCCUAAUGGCGCUUAAUUUAGUUAUUUUUACCAAAUGCUAAAUUUUGUAUUUUUUGGAAAACCGCAGACUGCAAAAAAAAGAAUUGAAAGAAAUAAUCGAAGAAAACCUCGAAACUGCAAAUAGUACAUGCACGUGUUUCAACCGAAAAACGAAACUGCCGUAAGAAUGCGGAUGGAAACAAAAGUGUGCUCUGACGAGCGUACAGAUAAACGAACUGAUAGAUAGCGCUAACUUGUUUAAAAAUCUUUUCUUGAAUGGACCAAUCAACAAAACUAGAGACGGAGGAAAAUGUGACACCCGAAAAACCACUUUUCGUUUGAUGUAAAACAAACAAACAAACAAACACCCAACGUUCUUAAAAUAAAUAACCGACAACCGUUAACCCUUUAAGUCCUAAUAGUGACCAACAGUAAUUUUCUCCUGAAAAUGUCCAUACAUUGUCAAGAGAUAAGGUUGUGAGAAUAUAAAAAAUGAUCAUGAAAGAGAAAAUGCCUUGAUGUUUUAUUAAAUUCUCUCAACUAAUUCUUCAAGGAAAUGUAUGGAGAUCAGUUUGGAGAAUUUGUAUGUGGAUACUGGGGCUUAAAGGGUUAAGUACACGUAGCCCAUAAAACCCUGAAUUUUGGACGUCGCAAACCCAGGAUGGUCAGAUUUUAAGGAAACUAAAAUAGUGCUCUUGUUGUUGAUGUUGUUGUCUUACAUGUUGUCAUUGUUGUUGUCUUAUUUUCAAAGGGUGCAGUAGGAACAAAUAUAACAAUCGAUACUUUAUGCGGUAUCAUGAAUAACGAAGACAUCGGAGACCCGUUGGCUCGUUAUGCUAAAAUCAACUCGCUGUUACUCCAAACAUAUGGAUCCAAGUGUCUUGAUUCAAGCUACAAGAACAUGAUAACAAGUUUACAAAAUACGUCGUGGAUCAGCAGUGCUUCUGAAGGAGGUAGAGGAGAAAAUAAUAAUUAUUAAAUUAACAAACAGAAAACAUAAAUAAAUAAAAUCAAUAGAAAAAUCGAAACGGUGAAAGAGUUUUGGAUAGUAACCAUAAACCAGGUAGUUUACCGUAAAUGAUCUAAUUAACGCCCUCUCUCAAAUAAACGCCUCUUGUCUAAUAAACGCCCCCUCUACAUAACCUGAGAUCAGGCCCAAUUUUAGCGGUUCUCAUACAUUCCCUCUAACGGUUACCGCUAAAAUUGGGCCUGAUACAAACUCUCUCACGUUUGUACUCACUGCGGCCAGAUUUUGGCCGUAACACUGAUUGGCUGUUGGAACAAUGCCUCAGGAUCUGAUUGGCUGUUGAAAUCAACGGAAAUUGGAACCGCUUAUUCUUCGCGUGGUUGUUUUCUUUUCGUUUCGCCUUGCUCGCCGGAAUGUAAUUUUGAAAGCGAAACAAAAAUAGAGUCUGAUCUCCGCAGGUUACCUGUACAAUGUCGAGUUUGUAUUAGACGCCCCUUGUCUAAUAGACACCGCCCAUGACAGUUACUCCAGAAUACUAUGAAUUACCAAAGAGUAGCAAAAUCGUUCAAUUUACAUGUAUUUAGUUUCUUGCUUGAUUAACUGCAAGGGUUUGCGCGUUGCAUCUUGUUCAAUUUGAAGGUGAAGUUCAAAAUAUUGAUAGACUAACGAUGACAACACAGUGACCCUGAACGUAGAUUCUGACAUCCAAGUUAAGAAUUGAAAUCUCUAGACGGCCUAGACGUAUCAUUUGAUGGACUAUAUAUUCCACUAUUUAUAAACUCUUGAUAUUUUUCGCUGAAACAUAUUAGUUUUGUAGAGAUUGUUACAAAAAUGAAAAUAAACGCCACCUGUCUAUUAGAGCGAUUUUCGUAUGACCUUGAAAAAUGGUUUCGGUAAGUUUUUCGUUAUUUGUUUUAUCAGCCAAUGGACAAAAAGAUCAAAACACGACCUCUUCGUUUUCCCGCCAAAGAAAACCCUAAUAUGGAGAAGGCAUUGUUCGAUUGGCCAAUCGUGUUGCAGCAUGACGUCAAAGCGCAGUAUAAAUUGAUUUCUAGAAGUUAUCGGGCAUGAAGUUUUUUCUCUCGAGCGUUCGCUUAACCAAGCAAAAGCCACGCGCGUUUGUAUCCGUUCGAUAAAACAAUCAAAUCGCUCUGCUUCCGUUCGUUUUUGUUUCUGUUUUGUUCGCGCGUUUUCGUUUCAAGGUCAUACGACAAUCGCUCUAAACGCCCCGUCUUGGUCCCCUAAAAUUAAAUAAACGCCCCGGGCUCAUUUAAAUCAUUUACGGUAGUCUUGUUCUAGCCCCUCUCUGGACGUUGCGUUACAGGUAGGUGGGGGGCAGAAGUGGAUAAACAACAACAACGACCUUUGUUUUGCUCUUUAUUUAAGUACACAUUAACAAUGCAGAGGAAUUUCAAAUUUUGUGCUUGCCGAUUUAAAGCUGGUUUUCACUAGCGUAUAAGCGUAAGCACAAGCACAUGUGUCAGCAAGUGAAAACUGGGUCGACAUAAGCAUAAGCAUAAGCACAAGAAAAACGGACAAGUUCGUUCUUCUUGUGCUUGUGCUUGUGCUUGUGCUUGUGCUUAUGUCGUAGCUUUGACUAGUGAAAACGGGGUCGACAUAAGCACAAGAGUAAGCACCAGGCCGUAGACCAAUCAUAGGUCAGUUUGACCCAGAACUUGUGCGAACAUAUAAAAAGCUAGCCUGCGAAAACAUCCGCUUCUCCUCGCUAUUCGUCGCCGGGGACGUUUCGCGCGGAGGAACGUCUGCGACUCAGCGACAGAAAUUCCAUACUGAUGACGUAAAAUCUGUCCGGGAUCCGGUCAGAAGCGCUGAUUGGUCAACGCAGUAGUUACAUUGUUUUAGCUAUUGUUUACGAAUCACAGAUAAAGGACAAAAGGCCACAAAGGUCAAAUGUAAACGCGAAGAAUCUCUAACAAAACAGUCAAUAUUUGUGGAACAUAGUCUUCUCUAGAAGAAGUAUUUGAGUUUUGCUGGAGCUUGUUGGCAGAUAAACACAACACUUUACCAAAAUCGACCAGAAGACACGUAAAACUGGACAAGAUUUAUAUUUGAAACCCCAUGACUACCGGAUUUAUCGUGUAAACAUUGAUUUGCGUCAUCAGUAUGGAAUUUCUGCCGCUGAGUCGCAGACGUUCCUCCGCGCGAAACGGCCCAGCGGCGAAGAGCGAGGAGAAGCGGAUGUUUUCGCAGGCUAAUAAAAAGCAAUAUGGCGGACGCUUCGUCCGCCAUCUUGUUUAUCAUCGGAUUGAGGAGAGCUGGUAUAGAAAAUUAAGUCAAAUAAACCGUUCUGCGCUUGUGCAUGUCCUUAUACUUAUGCUUGUGCGCUACUGAAAGCCAGGCUUAUUAGUGAGCACACUCGCACUAAAAAGUAGCACAUGCCAGUCGCGUCAAGCGACGGUAUUACCCUACUUUCAUAAGAAAGGCUGUUGGAUUUUAAACAAAUCGCUUCUCUCCAGCGAUGCAAAAAAGGCAUAUUAAGGUAUUAAAAAGUCGCCAUUGUUCGCAAAAAAUAAAAGUAAACGUGAGAAGUUCGAUGCAAGGUGUCUAUUACAAUCGAGAAACGUGUAUUUGGGCUUGGGGAAGAAGUAGCAAUCCUAGGUAAGUAAACAGUGUCACAUAGUAAUUUUCAAGGAGUUAUAAUAACUCCUCUAGUGGGAUUAAUUCAACUCCUUACAGUGAAGUUAUUUUUUCGGAGUUAUUUUAACUCCAAAAAGUAGUUUAAAGAACUCUCUUUCAGGAGUAAAAAUCACCCCAGUUUUGGGUUAUUAGUAAUAUUGAGGAGUUAAAGUAAGCGCCAAAAGGGGUUAUCCUGUACCUAAAAUUUUUACUCCAUUUUUGGAGUUAUAGUAACUCCUAAAAAUUAAUGUACAGUUAUUGCAGAGUCAAAUUUGGUGGCGUGUAGACUUCUUGGAGGCGAUUUUGUUGGUGGCGAGGUGACCGUAAACCCUACCUCUAAAUCAUCAUUGAUUGAUUUGUUUUCUUUUCUUUUCUUUUUUCCCCAGGUCGACAGUGGAUGUAUCAAACAUGCACGGAGUUUGGGUUUUAUCAAACGUCAGAUUCUGCUAAUCAGCCUUUUGGAAAGUUGUUCCCUUUAAAGUACGUA